GUUUGAAUGGUCAAGGCCUGUGGCUGUUUAUUUUCUUGCUCCGAGGCUUCGACCCUCUGAGGAGAGAAGCGGCAAAGUCUGACUCCGACCUACCCAGUGAAAAAGCAGAAUUGUAGUCUGGUUAAUUGCCACCUUUCCCCAGAUUACCUUUAAUUCUGCUCUGGUCUUCGCUUGUGAUUGACCCCAUCUACAUCCACUUCCCUUCCUCCUGAAGGUAAAUCUCAGACUCAAACCUGAGUGUGUACUCGGAGACCAUGUCUGCCGAUCUCCUUUCAUCCACAAGCGAAGAGGGAAGUCCUGAGUCAGGACCCAGUUUUAGGUCCCAUCAGAGGAAGAUAUUAAACCUGCUCCUGGAGAAAAACACUUCCUUUACCAUCUGUCCAGAUCUUCCUAGAACUCCAGUGGACAAACUUUUUGGUGAUUUUGCAAACCUAAGCAUUUUGUCUAGAGGAACCCCAAAAUGUUGCCUUGAUCUUUCGAAUCUUAGCAGUGGGGAGAUGUCUGCCACACAGCUUACCACUUCUGUACACCUUGAUGAAACUGGUAGGGAGAAGGAUGGUCACUUGGAUUCUUCAGGACCUCAGGAAAUACAGUUAGCUCUGAUGAAUCAUCACCAGCACCUCAUAAAAUGCAGCCCAGCACAGCUGCUUUGUAGCACUCCGAAUGCUUUGGACCAUGGUAACAGGAAGAAAAAUGCCAUAUGUAGCUCAUCUACCAAUAAAAAAAAUGAAAACACUUUGAAGCCCAGGAACCUGAAGUUUCGAAAGAGACCAGGGGGGCUUUACAUGUCUCCCCUUUCUCUACUGGACAAUGGAAACUUGGUGGAAAGUGAAUAUCUGGGCAGUCCCAUCACUACUGUUCCAAAAUUGGACAAAAAUCCAGAACUAGAAGAAGACCAGACAGAGGAGAUUUCAGAUGAAUUGACAGAGUUUUUCCUGGAAGAUCAAGAAGAGGCCAACGUGCUGGAGGAAGAUUCUAAGCAGGAGUACCUGACAGGUGAUUUCUCCCAGGUAUGUGUGCUGCCAACCGUGUCAGGGCGACACCAAGAUCUGAAGUACAUCAACCCAGAAACAGUGGCUGCCUUACUGUCUGGGAAAUUCCAGGGUCUGAUUGAGAAGUUUUAUAUCAUCGAUUGCCGCUAUCCAUAUGAGUACCUAGGAGGACACAUUCAGGGAGCCUUAAACUUGUACAGUCAGGAAGAACUGUAUAACUUCUUUCUGAAGACACCUAUUGUCCCUUUGGGUACCCAGAGAAGAAUAAUCAUCGUGUUCCACUGUGAAUUCUCCUCAGAGAGAGGUCCCCGAAUGUGUCGCUGUCUGAGAGAACAGGACAGGGCCCUGAACCAGUAUCCUGCAUUGUACUAUCCAGAGCUGUAUAUCCUCAAUGGGGGCUACAGAGACUUCUUUCCAGAAUAUACGGAGCUGUGUGAACCACAGGGCUACUGUCCUAUGCAUCACCAGGACCAUAAGGCUGACCUGCUGAGGUGUCGAAGCCAGAGCAAAGCAGUGGAAGGGGAGCGACAGCUGCAGAAGCAGAUUGCCUUACUGGUGAAGGAUGUGAGCCCAUGAUAACAGAUCAGCAGCUGGCUGCCUAGGAGUCACCAAAAGAUACUGUAGAAACCCUGGGCAAAAAGAGGCCAUCUUCCAUGUGGCUAAACUCAAGAUUGUUAAAAGAUGUCGGCAAACCAACAGGCUGCCAAACUGAUGAAAUCCUAGGCCUGAGGAUUGGUAGAGCAGCUCUGCUGGCUGGUGGUGAAGUCUUGGAGCUGGCUGUCUAAGGCUGUAGUCAUGGGUUGCACCAAGAUGUGUGUUGCUUCAGGGAGCAUUUUUGCAUUCUCUCCCUAACUACUUGUGUCUUCUCACAAGCCAGCCAGCUUCUCUCCCUGAGCUUCUGGCUAUACAACAGAGAUGCCCAACUUCUUUCUCUGUGCUUCCCUUCUUUGUUCCCCCCUCCCUUCUUUUUUAAAAUGGGAAAAUAAACAUUGUAGAAUGAGAGAUGUAGAAUGAUAGCCUAUUAUGCUUUUGGGAGAUUUAUAUAAGGAAAUAAUGAUCACCAAAUUAAACAUUUUCAGACAUAAAGAUAAAACCACCUCUAAUUCAGAGCCGAGAUGAAGCACUUUUCUCUAGACCAGUGGUCUCAAAGUUUAGACCCUGGACCAUCAGUAUUGGCUGAACUUGAUUCAAAUGCAAAUUUUCAGGCCCCACCUCAGCCUUACUCCUCUGAGGUUAGAGCCCAGAAAUCUAGGUUUUAAAAAUCUCCCUUGUAGGUGAUUCUGGUGCACACCAAGGCUUGAGAUCCACUGCUCUGGAAUUAAGGAAAACCUUUUAUACUGCGUUCUUCAACAUUAUUCCAGGCUUUUCCUUUCCAUAACUCCAUGCUACGAGUUAUGUAAAAGUAACUCACAGAUACCUAGACUCAGCAUUCUGGUAUCUAGGCUCAGAAACCAGAUCGGUGGCAUUCUCUAAGGCAGGCGAUAGAUAGGUCUGAGUUUGUCUUAAAGGCUCCUUAUCUUCAGCCUCAAUGGAGUUUUGACUUCUCCCAUUUUCCAAACUUUUCUCCACUCCAUUGCCCAUCUUACAAAGACAAGGUCAGGAUUUAGAGUGGUUGGAAGUAGAGAUUUGUGUUAUAUGAAGAUAGGAAUAAGAGAAAAUAAAAAGUGCCAAGCAAGGUCAGUUAGACCUAAGAAAGAUGGUUUAAACAGUAUUCUUUAGCAAUAUACCAGGCUUUCCUUCCUUAGAGCUCUUUAAGGUGAGUAUGCUUUGUCUGCUUAAUGAGAUCCAGCUCUAUUUGGCCUGGGGUGGCAGCGGAAUUUAUUGUAAUCAUUGUCACUCUCUGGCAUUAACCUAGUAGUAGUUAUAGCCCAGGACCAGGAAAGGACAAAGGGCUCUGAAGCCUCGGCUGAGAUGGAAUAGACAAAAAACGACAUCCUCCCAGGUUCUGGAGCAGGGAGACUUUAAAAGUCAGCAGGCAGGAAGGAGGGGCAGUGGUAGCUGGACUGAGUUUUGCCAGGUUCUCCAGUGCCCUUCUCCUGGAGUGCUGCGUGCAUGCCUCUCAGCAGAGGGCACUGCUGUAUUCUCUAAGUCAGCUACUGGAGCCGGCCUUCUCCCUGAGCCCUUGAGCUCAGAGCUCAGAAGGGCUGGGGGAAAAAGAAAAGCUGCUGCUACAUUAGGUGGGGGGAUGGCUGAGGGAAAGAUGCUGCCCCUCUGUCCCACCCCCAUACACUUCCACCAAGCAGGAACUCCUGUAGCCUGAGAAGGAAACUGCUAGAAGCACCUCCACUUCAAAGUGUGAGGAGGGGUCCCUGACUCAUUGCCUACCUAUCCUGGUAAUUCUUCCCAGAAAGGUAGAACCAAGCCCCCAACCU